CAGACACACACACUUAACCCGGCAGUCUGAUCGCGGGCUGGAGCAGAAGCUGCCUUGCUCCGGAGUUCAUGCCCCGGGGGCUGCUGGGAUUGCAGUGAGCCUGUGUCAGAGAGGAGGAGGAGGAGGAGGAGGAGGCUGGCUGGUCUCCUCUCCUGGCUCUCAGUCUGAGUCUGUGGCUGCAGAAUGACUGCAGCUCCUCCUGAGAGGACGUCGCCCGUCUGAACGGCUCCCUCUCAGAGCAUCUGCCUCCCCCGCGGAGACCGGGAGACUUUUUGCGGCUCGCCGAAGCGUUUCUCUGUGGAUUGUCCUCUCCUGGGAGACUGGACUGUGUUUUGGGGGGGACCAUGCCGGUGGUGGGGGUAGCCUCUAAACUGCGGCAGCCGGGGGGACCGUCCCGCCCCGUACACACGGCCCUCCCCAUGCCCAGCCCGGGACGCGCCCUCUCCCCCGCGCUCUCCUGCCAGCUGUCACUCAAACCCGCCUGCGGUUACCGCGGCUACCCAGAGCGCAGCCCCCCUGGACGCACCAAGGAGUCGCAGGACAGCAAGAUCUACACUGAUUGGGCCAAUCACUACUUGGCCAAGUCUGGUUGCCCACGCCUCAUUAAGGACCUGACCCAGGACAUCGCAGAUGGAGUUCUGCUGGCAGAAAUCAUCCAGAUCAUAGCGGAGGAGAAGGUAGAGGAUAUCCACGGCUGCCCCAGGAGUCAGUCCCAGAUGAUACACAACGUGGACUCCUGCCUCUCCUUCCUGGAAGCCCGGGGCCUGAACGUGCAGGGCGUCUCCGCCGAAGAGAUCGGCAGUGGGAACCUGAGGUCCAUCCUGGGGCUGUUCUUCAUCCUGUCCCGCUACAAGCAGCAGCAGCAGCACCAGCACCAGUACUACCAGUCCCUGGUGGAGCUGCAGCAGCACGUCACCCACCUGCCCACCGGGGCGGCGCUGGAGAGCCACCCCAAAGCACAGGACAUGCAGUCCAGCCUCACCGCGCGAUACGCGUCUCCCCCGCCCCACAGCGGUAUCGCCGCCGGUCAGAAGAAGAACACGAGGCUCCCCGGCCCCUCCAGACUCCCUGCUGCAGGCGGUGGGGGCUCUAAGGUGCAGGCAGCCGCCAAUCUGAACCGACGGAGCCAGAGCUUCACCAGCACAGACCGGGGGAAACCGCUGCAGUACUGCAGCUCCAACGACCGCGAAGCAGCAAAGGGCAUCCCGUUGCCGGGCAGCGUGACGGGCAGCCCCGCGCCCCCCUCCCCCCAGCUGCCGGUCUCCGCGCUCCCCUCCCCCGCCGCGGGGGGGAAGUCCUGGCGCAGCAAGUCCCUGAGCGUCAAGCACAGCGCCACCUCCCCCCUGCUGUCCGUCAAGGCCCCCGGCCCCGCCCCGGCCACGCCCGCCGGCCACGCCCACAAGCCUCCGCAGGCCGAGGCCCCGCCCCAGAAGGGCGCGGGCGGGGGUCAGAGGUCGAUGCUGGAGAAGUUCCGCCUCAUCAACAACCGCGGGAACUGCCGGCCGGGCGCUGAGCUCCGGGAGGAGGAGGAGGAGGCGCUGUCCGAGUACGGAGAGGAGGCGCAGACGCCGCCCGCGCCCCCCAAACAGCCCGCCCCCGCCAAGACCGCCAGCAAGGCCCCGGGGGGCAAGGCCCUGCCCCAGCCCAAAGACAGAGAGGACAAGCCCAAGGGCAAGAGCAAGGCCGCGGCCUCCAGAGAGGAGAAGGAGCCGGCCACCGAACCCACCAAGAAGACCUCCAAAAUCGCCAGCCUGAUCCCCAAGGGGGGCAAGUCCUCCUCCACCUCCUCCCCCGCCUCCGCGCCCAGGAAGGAGGCGGCCCCGGCGGCCUCCAGCGGGAUCCCCAAACCGGGCCUGAAGGGCUCGCCGUCCUGCCCCGGGGGGCGGGCCGGCGGGGGGGAGAAGGCCAAGCCCCGGGGGGGGCAGGUGUGCUACUCCCCCCGCGCGCUGGGGCGCGCCUCCAUGGUCUCCUCCAACAGCACCUCCGCCCUGUCCGUCGCCACGGCGACCGGCCCCACCCCCAGCCCCGCCCCCAGCCCCGCCCCCGCCCCCGCCAACGGGCCUGUGCAGCUGCCCCACCAGCAGAUCAGCCACCCCAACACCGCCACCGUCGCCCCCUUCAUGUACCGGACACACUCGGAGAACGACUGCACCGCCGUGGCUCCUGCUGACUCCCCCCUCAGCCCCACCAAGACGGAGCUGGCCUACAGCAAGACCGCCAAGCAGUGCCUGGAGGAGAUCUCCGGGGAGGAUCCGGAGGCGAGGCGGAUGCGCACGGUGAGGAACAUCGCCGACCUGCGGCAGAACCUGGAGGAGACCAUGUCCAGCCUGCGGGGGACGCAGAUCAGCCACAGCACCAUGGAGACGACCUUCGACACCACGGUGACCACGGAGGUGAGUGGGCGGGGCGUGCCGGCGCUGGCCAGCCGGUCCUCGCCCAUGGCCUGGCGCCUGGGCCAAUCGGCCAGCCCCCGGCUGCAGGCGGGCGACGCCCCCUCGCUGCCGGGCCGCUUCGUGUACAGCGCCCCCCUGAGGCGGGGCGGGGCGGCGGGGCGGGGCGCGGAGCCCGGGGAGAGGGCCGCGGCCGAGGCGGACCUGGCGGCCGGGUACGUCAGCGACGGCGACCUGCUGGCCAAGAACGGCCGGGCCGAGGACGUCAGCAGCGGGUACAUGACGGACGGGGGUCUGAACCUGUACUCCCGGAAUUUGGGCCGCGCCCCCGACCUGGCCCCCUCCCGUGACAUCAUCCAGCGAGGCGUGAAGGAGCUGCAGGGAGACCUGGACAGUUGGGAUGACAGCAGCUCUGUGAGCAGUGGGCUGAGUGACACCCUGGACAACAUCAGCACUGAUGACCUGAACACACCGAGCUACUCCAGGACCUCCGCCUCGCACCGCAAGAGUAAAGAGGCAAAGGCUGAUACUCAGAAGCACUCAGCCCAUGACAGCGUUAGCUGGAGCAGACCAGAGAAAGUAGAGGAGGGGCUGGAUGCUGGCAUGGACCCCAGCCACAGGAAGCCUUCCUCCUCCUCCUCCUCCUCCCCAGCGCACUAUGAGGAGCCCGACAGGACGGGGCGCUCCACCGGCCUCCCCGUGUCCCAGACGGGCUCCUGGAGGAGAGGCAUGACCGCCCAGGUGGGCAUCACACCCCCCAGGACCAAGGGCCCCCCCCCCGGAAGCACCAAAACCCCCGGUCAGACGGACGACGCCAAGGCGUCGGAGAAGGGCCCGGCGUCGGAGAAGGGCCCGGCCCCGGUGCAGCGCUCGCCCUCCGACGCGGGGAGGAGCAGCGGGGACGAGGGCAAGAAGCCGCCGUCGGGCGUGGCCCGGCCCGCCCCCACCGCGUCCUUCGGCUUCAAGAAGGCGGGCGGGGCGUCGCUGAUGAUGACGGGGGGCUCCGCCACGCUGGGGAAGAUCCCCAAGAGCGCGGCGGGGGCCGGAACCGGAGCGGGGGGCCGCAAGACCAGCCUGGACGGGGCCCCGGCGCAGGACGAGGGCCCCAGAGUGGCCCUGCAGUACCGCUCCCUGCCCCGCCCCGCCAAGUCCUCCGGCGGCCCCGCCCCCCGCGGAGACUCCAAGCCAAUCAAACGCCGCGACCCGCAGGCCAAGGCGGGCUCAGGCCGCUCCAGCCCCGCCCCCCUCAACCAGACCGACAAGGAGAAGGUGGGCGUGGCCGAGCCGGAGGCCUGUCUCUCCCCCUCGCCCAAGGCCAGCCCCACCUCCUCCGCCGGCCAAUCGGGGCUCAGGCAGCCCGGCUCCAAGUACCCCGACAUCGCCUCCCCCACCUUCCGCAGGUUGUUUGGCAGUAAGGGGGGCAGUAAGCCCAGUUCCCCCGGCACGCCGGACUCGGGGAAGUGCCCGUCGGCUCUGGGCAGCCCCCACGGCACGCUGGCGCGGCAGGCCAGCCUGGACUCCCCCUCCUCGGGCACGGGCAGCCUGGGCAGCCUGGGGGGGCAGAGCGGGGCCAGCAGCCCGCUGUACCUGGGCCCCGGGGGGGGGGACGCCUCGCUGGCCUCCAGCCCCGCCUCGGGGCUCUCCCUGCCCUCGGCCGGCAGCCGGGCCUGGGCCUCCGGUCGGGCCUGGGCCUCCAGCCUCAGCGGCUCCUCCGGGGGGAGCAAGGACACGCUCAGCGCCCAGAGCCUCAGCAGCCUGCACACCAGCUCUGAGUCCAUCGACCUGCCGCUGGCCACGCACUCUCACUGCAGGGCCAGCAAUGCUGCGCUGUCACAGGGCAUGCCUCUUGACAGAAACACUCUCCCCAAAAAGGGAUUAAGGUACCCCCCCUCCUCCCGCCAGGCGUCCCACGAGGAGGGCAAGGAGUGGCUGCGCUCCCACUCCACAGGAGGCCUGCAGGACACGGGGGACCAGACCCUCCUCUCUCCCUCUGGGACCUCCUGCACCGGCCCGGGCAAAUACCACUACUCCAACCUGCUGAGCCCCAGCACCAGCAGCCUGUCCCAGUUCAGCCUGGCUGGGCCCAGCAUGUCCCGGUCCAGCAUGUCCCGGUCCAGCAGCAUCCCGGGGCAGGACUGUCCCCUGGAGCUGGGCCUGUACACGGAGGCCCGCGGCCUGGGCAGCGCCACCUCCCUGGAGGACCGGCACCGCGGGAUCAGCCGGUCCGGGUCCUUCCGCGACAGCAUGGACGAAGUCCACGGAUCCUCGCUGUCCCUGGUCUCCAGCACGUCCUCUCUGUACUCAGCGACGGAGGAGAGGGCCCAUUCAGAGGGCCAGACAGUGCAAAAUCCCACGCACAUCCGGAAACUGCGGCGGGAGCUGGACGCCUCCCAGGUGAAGGUCGCGACCCUGACGUCCCAGCUGUCCGCCAACGCCCACCUGGUGGCGGCGUUUGAGAAGAGCCUCUCCAACAUGACGGGCCGGCUGCAGAGCCUGACCAUGACCGCGGAGCAGAAGGAGUCGGAGCUGGCUGAGCUCAGGGACACCAUCGAGUCUCUGAAGCUGCAGAACACCGACGCCCAGACCGCCAUACAGGUGGCACUCAACGGACCAGACCACCUGCACAGAGAUCUGCGGGUCAGGAGGAAGCACUCCUCUGACUCCAUGUCCAGCAUUAACAGCGGCUCCAGUCUGGGCAGCGCCGACGCCGAGGCCAAGAGGAAGAAGAAAAAGAGCUGGGUGGCCGACUCCAUCCCUGCCCAGCUGCGGAGCUCCUUCAAGCAGGCCUUCAGUAAGAAGAAGUCCAACAAGCCGGCGUCCCCCCACUCAGACAUCGAGGAGCAGGCCGACUCCUCCCUGCCCUCCUCCCCACAGCUGCAGCACGCCACCGACCAGGGGAGCGUCACCUCCCUCAGAACCUCCCCUUCCUCCACCGAGCUGUGUGAGUGCACGGAGGAGGAGGCUGACACCAUCCUGCAGCUGAAGAACGAGCUGAGGGAGAAGGAGCUGAAGCUGACUGACAUCCGCCUGGAGGCGCUGAGCUCCGCCCACCACCUGGACCAGAUCCGCGAGGCCAUGAACCGCAUGCAGAAUGAGAUCGAACUGCUGAAGGCGGAGAACGACCAGCUGAAGUCCUCGGGUAACACCACCCCCACCCCCGCUGCCCGCUCCAAGACCGCCCGGCCCCCCUCUGAGACCUCCAGCACCUCCUCCUCCUCCUCACGCCAGUCCCUGGGCCUCUCCCUCAACAACCUCAACAUCACCGACACCAUCAUGUCCGACAUCCUGCUGGAUGACGGGUUCGAGGGGAACCUGCGUAAGGAGGGCCGCAGUGUGAGGAUCAUGGUGACCCACGCAGACAGCGCCAAUAAGACCAAGGGUCCCAAAUGCCAGCAGUACCUGAUCGGCUCCAUCGGGGUCAGCGGGAAGACGAAGUGGGAUGUGCUGGAUGGAGUCAUUCGCCGGCUGUUCAAGGAGUACGUGUUCCGGGUGGACCCCCUCACCAGCCUGGGCCUGAGCUCGGACAGCAUCGUGAGCUACAGGAUGGGCGACGUGGUGCGGGGCCACGGCUCUGAGCUGCCCGAGCUGCUGCCCUGCGGCUACCUGGUGGGGGAGAACAACGUCAUCACCGUCAGCCUCAGAGGUCUGAAGGAGAGCAGCAUCGACAGCCUGGUGUUCGACACGCUCAUCCCCAAACCCGUGGUGCAGCGCUACCUGAACCUGCUGGCGGAGCAGCGCCGCAUCAUCCUGUCCGGGCCCAGCGGCACCGGGAAGAGCUUCCUGGCGGGCCGGCUGGCCGAGCACCUCCUGGCCCAGGCCUCCAGGGAGGGCCGCCCGGGCACGGCCGUCAGCUUCAACGUGGACCACAAGUCCAGCAAGGACCUGAGGCAGUAUCUCUCCAGCCUGGCGGAGCAGUGUAACUCAGAGGAGACGGACACAGAGCUCCCCCUGGUGGUCAUCCUCGACAACCUCCACAACGUCGGCGCUCUCAGCGACAUCUUCAACGGCUUCCUCAACUGCAAAUACCACAAAUGUCCGUACGUCAUCGGUACCAUGAACCAAGGAGUGUCAUCCUCUCCCAAUCUGGAGCUGCACCACAACUUCAGGUGGGUGCUGUGCGCCAAUCACACGGAGCCGGUGAAGGGGUUUCUGGGACGCUACCUGCGCAGGAAGCUGAUCGAGACGGAGAUCGACCGCAACGAGCGCAGCAACGACCUGGUCAAGAUAAUCGACUGGAUCCCCAAGAUCUGGCAGCACCUCAACGGCUUCCUGGAGGCGCACAGCUCCUCCGACGUCACCAUCGGCCCCCGGCUCUUCCUCUCCUGUCCCAUGGAUCCGGACGGCUCCCGCGUGUGGUUCACUGACCUGUGGAACUACUCCCUGGUGCCGUACCUGCUGGAGGCUGUGCGGGAGGGGCUGCAGCUGUACGGGAAGCGGGCGGUGUGGGAGGACCCCUCUCGCUGGGUGCGGGACAGCUACCCCUGGAGCUGCGGCGGGACGCAGGACGGCCAGGCCCUGCUCCAGCUCCGCCCGGAGGACGUGGGGUACGAUGCCUGCAGCGCGGCCCCCGAGGGGGGCCCCUCGCCGGGGCCCCUGCCCCACGCCCAAGGGGACCCGCUGAUGAACAUGCUGAUGCGUCUGCAGGAAGCCGCCAACUUCUCCAGCGCCCCGAACUGUGACAGCGACAGCGCCAGUAACCACGACAACCCGCUGGACUCCUCCCUGGAGUCCACACUCUGAGGGGAGGGGGGGCCCAUUCCGGAACGUUCUACCUCUCCGCCCGGCGCGCCCGCCGGUCCACACGCUCGACAGGACGCAGAAGCGUACACUUCCUGUUCGGAGGAAGAAGGGUGGUGGGGGGGGAGGGGGGGAAGUUACCUCAGAGCCAAAUUGUGGGGGAGUCGAUCAGACUCCACAGCGCCCCCUCUGGUCAGGUACCAGA